AAUUCCCAACUGUGUGAACAACAUAAUGGUCAAUGUCCGAGAUCCACUCACAGUUGUUUGGGAUCCCUUAGAGGACUUGGGUCACUUCUCUGGCUCCAUCUGCAGCACGCUCAGCUAACCUAGGCUCUCACAGGCUCCACUCCACCCACACUGCUGGUCUUGGUGGUCACCCCAUGGAACGGGCAUCUAUAAAAGGCCUUCUGCAAAUGGGCCACACUUUCCCCAAUAGUUUUCCUUGGGCCCUCUUCACGGAGCAAAGCCUCAACUUUUCUCCAUGGCCCCUUCAACCCUGAGCCUUCUACUGCUACCCAGGCUGCACCUUCACCGACAGCCUCUGUGGCCUUGACCAGUUGCUGCUCUCCACGACCUGUUCACGCCUUCAACACCAGUACCGCCCGGGUGGCUUUGAAACUCCCAGUACCAGGUACAACCUUAGCUGCCUCUGGAGCAGAGCUGUGUGCCGACUCUAAGGAAACACUUCCCAGAAGCCUUCACUUCGGUUAUGCUGGUCUCGUCUUCAUCCCUGGUCAUUUCUCAGCUCCAGCUGACCAGCCAUCAGUGCUGUCCCAGUGACACAAAGGUCUCACUUUAAGGGUGCCUGCUGGUCUCUUGUUAAUCAUAGCUCACUCUUCAGCCCCAGCUGACCAGACACCACGGAUUCUUCACACAAAAGGCCCAGUAGAGUCUUUAAACUUGCCCCUGAAACUAGCCAGGCCUCCAUUGUCUGUAUCUUCUACGCUCCUACUUCCAUCUGAGGUCUCAACACUCGGUGACUUUUCUAAUCCAAAGUUCCAAAGUCCUUCUAUAGUCCCCCCCCCCCAGCAGUACCCCACUAUCCUGAUACCAAAUUGUCUUAGGGUUUUCUACUGCUGUGAUGGAACACCAUGACAAAAGCAAGUUGGGGAGGAAAGGGUUUUAUUUGGCUUGCACUUCCACAUAGUAGUCUAUCAUUGGAGGAAGUGAGGGCAGGAAACUGGAGGCAGGAGCUGAUGCAGAGGCCGUGGAGGGGGGCUGUUUACUGGUUGCUCCCAAUGACUUGCUCAGGACCACCAGGUCAGGGAAGGCACCACCCAUAGUGGGUGGGACUCACACACAUCCAUUGCUAAGUAAGAAAAUCUACAGACCUGGUUAUAGCCCAAUCUUACAUAGGCAUUUUUUCCAGAAGAGGCUCCCUCCUCUCCAGUGACUAGUUGUAUCAAGUUGACAUAAAACCAGCUAGCACAUCCUUUCAAAGAUGAGCUUGGGAGGCAGGGACCCCAUGAGGUCCUUUGUUUCACUACAGAGAGCCCAUCCUGGGCUGGUCUUUAGGCAGAGCCAUUCUUUGAGUAGGGCUCAAAGGGGACUUGGUUAGGCAAGCUCUCAGGCAAGGCACUGAGAUUCCAUUCAUUCCUCCACUUGCUGUCAGUCAGCUAGCCAGGGCCAUUUAUUUACCCCUGGGAUACUAAGGUCCCUGAAAACCCCAAGAGCCAGGGGCCCAUUGCACCACGCUCUAGAAGCCAGAGACCCAUAGCUCUCAGGAUAGAGGCUGAUCCUGCGGGGCUUCCAACCACCUUCGAUCCCAACACUCAGCAACUCUCAUAGUCCUGUGCUCUCAGCAGCCAUGAGCCGAGCAGACAGCUGCAGGCAGCAGCAGAGGAUGGAACAUUCUCAUGUGAGUGUCAGUCAGACCUUGGGGACAAGAACUGACGGUCUCUGGAAGUAAUGUUACAUCUAUGGGGCAUAAGGUGUCUGGGACCCUUGGUCCUUAAUGUCUGUCAGCUGCCUAGAAUUUCCUGGUGUAAGAAAUAAUGAUCCUCUUUCGACCGUGCUUGCCGGCAGACUCGCUGCCAUGGGCCGUGUGAUCCGAGGGCAGAGGAAAGGCGCAGGUUCUGUGUUCCACGCGCACGUGAAACACCGUAAGGGCGCCGCGCGGCUGUGAGCUGUGGACUUCGCCGAGCGGCACGGUUACAUUAAGGACAUUGUAAAGGAUAUCAUUCAUGACUUCAGUCGCGGUGCUCCCCUCGCCAAAGUGGUUUUUCAUGAUCCCUACCGGUUUAAGAAGCGGACGGAGUUUUUCAUCGCCGCAGAGGGAAUCCAUACCGGGCAGUUUGUGUACUGUGGCAAGAAGGCCCAGCUGAAUAUCGGCAAUGUUUUGCCCGUGGGCACCAUGCCUGAAGGUACUAUCGAAUGUUGUCUGGAGGAGAAGCCUGGGGACAGGGGCAAGCUGGCACAAGCCUCUGGGAACUAUGCCACAGUCAUCUCCCACAAUCCGGAGACCAAGAAAACGCGAGUGAAGCUGCCUUCAGGGUCCAAGAAGGUCAUUUCCUCGGCCAACAGAGCUGUCGUUGGUGUUGUGGCUGGUGGGGGCAGAAUUAACAAGGCUGGCCGUGCCUACCACAAGUACAAGGCCAAGAGGAACUGCUGGCCACGUGUACGUGGGGUGGCCAUGAAUACUGUAGAGCAUCCCUUUGGAGGUGGUAACCAUCAGCACUUUGGCAAACCAUCCACUAUCCGAAGAGAUGCCCCUGCUGGACGCAAAGUGCGUCUCAUUGCUGCCUGCCGGACUGGGCGACUACGUGGAACCAAAACUGUACAGGAGAAGGAGAACUAGAGCUCAGGAACUAAUAAAGUAUGUCUUUUGGCGAAAAAAAAGAAAGAAAGAAAUAAUGAUCCUCACUUGAGAGUAAGAGUAUUGGUGAUGAAGAAAGCAAAAAGGGAAGUGGCUUUACUUCACGACUUUGCAAGGUCAGCCUAGAAAGGCAGGUGGAGCACGCCACCAACCAGCUCCCCAAUCAUGACCCAGAGACAUUAGUUAAGAAUAAUGCUCAGCCCUGGGGGCUGGAGAAAUGGCUCAGUGGUUAAGAGCAUUGCCUGCUCUUCCAAAGAUCCUGAGUUCAAUUCCCAGCAACCACAUGGUGGCUCACAGCCAUCUGUAAUGAGGUCUUGUGCCCUCUUCUGA